CUUGAGAGCAGAGCAGAGCGCGAGUCACAAUCUGCCCAAGGCGAGGGAGGGCAAGAAAGACGCGCCAGAGGAAACCGACUGUACGAGGGGCACACGAGCGCUCCAGUCUCACCGAGCACAAUUAGAGAAGUAUUGGUGAACGUGGGCUAUGCGCGCAACAAGGGGGGAGCGCAGUGUACAGAGGAGGUGAAUGCAUGUAGAGGCUCAGCUUCAGAUUCACAACCACCUUCUUGAAGAGUCAUUGUAGUGACAGAGCAAAGGAGUGAGGGAAGAGAGGAACUCCUAGAAAACAGCGACUCUUGGACAGGAGUACAACCUACAAUCUUUAAAACAAGUACAAUCUAUACAAUCUACAAAACUAAAGAUAGGAUCAAAGAGAAAAGCGGAAGAGUCGACUUUUCCUGCUUAGAAUCUACUCUGGAAGAGAAAAUGAAUGUCAGCGAAGAGAACCUGCUCAAGUCCAUCAGCAACGACGCGCUCCUCGACCUGACGCAGCGCUACGGGCAGUCAGCCUUCGGGUUUGGCGCUGGCCAUGGUGCUGGAAGUCCCGGCCGGUACCCGCUCACACCGGCCAACGACUUCCUCUCCGGACAGACCGCCAAGUCCAACGAGAGCGGCGGGGAGCACACAAGCGACGACGAGGACGGCUUCGACUCGCUGGAGUCCCGGAAGAGGGGCUCAUCGUUUGGGGAGGACAAGCCCGGGGGGCCCCUUGCCAAGAAGUCCAAGGAGCAGCGGUCCCUGCGGCUCAGCAUCAACGCCCGGGAGAGGAGGAGGAUGCAUGACCUGAACGAUGCACUAGACGGCCUGCGCGCCGUUAUCCCCUACGCCCACAGCCCCUCGGUGAGAAAACUCUCCAAAAUAGCCACUCUCCUCCUGGCCAAGAACUAUAUCCUCAUGCAGGCUCAGGCUCUGGAGGAGAUGAGGCGGCUGGUGGCGUAUCUGAACCAGGGACAGACCAUAAGCUCACCAAUUCCCACCGCUCUGGCGCCCUUUGGACAGGCUGCCGUCUACCCUUUCUCGGGCUCUGCUCUGGCCACCUGUGCCGAAAAGUGCACCACUUAUUCUGGGACACCGUCGACUCUCUUCAAACACUGUAACGACAAGCCUUGAUUUGGUUCGCUUCUCUUUCUUGAACUUUUACCUACUGCCCAUGUCGGUCUCUCUCCCAUUCUAGUUAUUUUUUAAAUCAUUCUGUGGAAAAAAAACCCAAUUUUAGUCUAACGCAUAAUGUUAAGAUAUGGUUAGGUAAUUAUACUGCUGUUUUCAUCCAGGUUUAAGAAGCGCUACAUAGAAACCAGACUGUUUAGGCCUUCUUAUAGGAUGAAUACAAAAACCCUGUCAGUUUUCUCUCGCUAUGAGGCCAUGUCCAAAUUACAAUUGUGGGCAAAUUAUAGGAAUGCCCUUUUAUCAGCUUUUAUUUGUAAUCUAUGCAACAUCAAAUAACAAUAACAAAAGCAGAAAUGUCAAGAAGUGCGCCCUAAUUUAGACAUUUAGAUUUAAUACAGCUAUUAUGAAAGGACUCUGACUACUGACGCUGUGGGAAAAAUCAUUUGUAACACUGGCUGAUAUAAUUUCUGAAAUGAUGUGUUGACAAGUGUGUCUUUUAAGUUAUUGCACAUCACACAUGAUUGUAUUGUCCAACUGUGGAAAAUAACUUGCUCCAAGCCCGGCUAGACUUAUUGUUAUAUAACUACAGCCUAUACACUGAAGAAGCGUUUUGGUUGUGUUGCAACAUGGAUUUCAUAUAUUGUUUAUAUGUCUUUAUAAUUAAAAUCAUAUCUAUGCUUGGAC